AAUACCACAAAUUAAACAAAUGUCUAAAUAUACUACUUUCACAAAUUCUUACAAAAUGCAAUCCUGUUUAUUACAACACUAAAACACUUGUAAUAAAUAAAUAAACUGCCUCAAAUGGGGCAUCAUCCUUUAAAAAUGCUAAAUAUUUCUACUGGAAAAAUAUACUUUGUCAGUACGUUGAGCACAAGCAUUUUUUUCUCUUUUUUUUUGCACUAACAGAAGUAACAUGCUCAUGAAAUGUUGUAAGAUAUUUGGUAACUGCACACAUGAACCAGGUUUAAAAUGGGGAAACAAAUGUAAUAGGACAUAAACGUUUAUUGAUAGACAUAAGUUUCACCUCCCUUUAGAGGGAUUUUUUGCUUUUCUGCUGAUGAAUGACCUAAUUUAAAGUGCAUCUCAUCGAAACUGUCUUGUCUUCAGUGUCUCAGUGGAAUCUCGUCAGGCCUGAAACAAAGUAUGACAACUGGUAUCAGUACAAACUAUUAACUCCACCUUUCAAAAGGCACCAUAUAACCUGCUGGUUAAAGGAAGUUCCUCACUGUUCUGCCAUCGUAGCACAUAUACAGAAGACCAGACACUUUCACAGCAGUGAGUUAGCACUCAAAAGAAACUAAAAUGGUGUCCAUGUGCCGCCAGAUGCUGGGCUAUGGCCUGGGCAUCAUUGGCUUCUUGGGGACCAUCAUUGUUUGCGCCCUUCCCAUGUGGAAGGUAACAGCAUUCAUCGGAGCCAACAUUGUGACGGCGCAGAUCAUCUGGGAGGGGUUGUGGAUGACCUGUGUCAUGCAGAGUACAGGCCAGAUGCAGUGUAAGAUCUAUGACUCCAUGCUGGCACUGCCCCAGGAUCUGCAGGCCGCCCGAGCUCUGAUCAUCAUCUCCAUCAUCGUCUGCCUGUUCGCAAUGAUCCUGGGAAUCAAUGGAGGCAAGUGCACCAACUUUGUGGAGAAUGAGAGCAAAAAGAUCAAAGUGGCUAUUGCCAGUGGCGUCACCUUCAUCAUUGCUGGAGUCCUGUGUCUCAUCCCGGUCUGCUGGUCCACCAACACCAUCAUCCAGGACUUCUACAGCCCCAUGGUCAACAGUGCUCAGAAGAGGGAGCUUGGGGCUGCACUCUACAUUGGCUUUGGCACUGCUGCACUUUUGAUUCUCGGUGGAGGUCUUCUCUGCAGUUCCUGUCCACCGCAAGAGGAGAAGAAUUACAACAAUGGCUACAAGUACUCCCAGCCACGUUCCAUUGCCAAUAGCAAAGCCUACGUCUAACCGUAGAAGCACCAGGCAAAGACUUUUUCUGCUCUCUCCCUUUUGUCGAACAUUUACUGAAAACAGAUAUGUGACUGUUCCACAGUGUGAUUUUAAAACGUAUUAAAACUUAAAACUAUUUAUAAUAUGCAUAAGCAUAAUGUUAAAACAGAUCCUGAAUAGAAGUAUAAAGUCAUUAGGAUUACAGAAUGUGAUUAACUAAAAUAAUAAGUGUGGAACAAAUAGUAUACUUAUUCAAAAUGUAUAGCUGAAAAGGACUGUAUUUUUUUUUCCAUCAAUUUGUUGAUGUAAGAAUUGCUGAUCAACAAAUCUGGCAGUGUACUUUGGAAAUUUGCACAUUAAAAUUAAACUGUUGUACUAUAAUGAGAAGGGUUUUGGGUUUUUUUUUUGUAUUUUUCUGAAUAUGCUUGAAUCUGGGCCCUUUAAGUGUUCACUGAGGCAUUCAGAGGAAAAGUGUUUGUUAAUGUAUACACAGGUUUUUAUGUUGUCCAAUACUAAGAGUUGUUUUUUUGUUGUUGUUGUUGU